CCUUGCUCUCCGCUCCGUCUCUCUUACUCCUACACGGCUCUGUCACUCACUCACACACUCAUUCCGCCUUUUCCCUGGGCACCAUCUCCACCUCCGGAGACUCUGCGUUUUGCCAGGUGGACGCACUUACCACAGUCACCAUUUCUGCCCCAGAGAGUUCCACGCUGGCAGCGCAGCCCCUUCCCCGGCUGAGCAUCGGGCGGAAGACCCUGGUGGCAGCUGCUGUGGGGGUCAUGCUGGUCCUGGUUCUGGUGGUCCUCAUCCCUGUGCUGGUCAGCUCAGCUGGCGCAGGGGGUGCAGAUGACAGCGCGAGCCACUACGAGAUGCUGGGCUCCUGCCGCAUGGUGUGUGACCCCUUCCCCACGGGCACGACUGGCACCGGGGUGCACGUGGGAACAGACACAGCAACCGCAGGCCUACAGGUGGGAGACGAGGCAGACCUGAGGGAUCACAGCAUCGGCCCGCCACUGCCUACAUACAGCGGCAAUGGCCCACACGGCAGACCAGGACGUCCUGGUAAGACUGGACCCCCAGGACCACCUGGAGAGCCAGGUCCACCAGGACCUAAGGGACCACCGGGAGAUGGUGUGGACAUAGUACGUACGGGGAUUUUAGGCUUAGGGGGCAAAGGGGCAGUCAGCACAACCACGUACAACACCUCACCUCGAGUGGCGUUCUACGCAGGACUACGAAACCCUCAAGAAGGCUACGAUAUCCUGCGAUUCGAUGACGUGGUGACUAAUAUCGGAGGUAACUUUGAGGGCGCGACGGGGAAGUUCACCUGUAAGAUCCCGGGCACCUACUUCUUCAUCUACAACGUGCUGAUGAGGGGAGGAGACGGCACCAGCAUGUGGGCUGACCUGAUCAGGAACGGUCUGGUCAGGGCCAGCGCCAUCGCCCAGGACCAGGACCAGAGUUAUGACUAUGCCAGCAACAGUGUCAUCCUUCAUUUGGAUGCGGGCGAUGAGGUUUUCAUCAAACUGGACGGUGGCAAAGCUCACGGGGGCAACAGCAACAAAUACAGCACCUUCUCCGGCUUCAUCCUCUACGCCGACUGAGGGCCGGGCAGGACGUGGGCUCCGGAGGUGAACGGUCACAGCCAGAAGACACUCAGUCCCCCGACUUCCACUCGGCUCCCACAGAGAGGUCCACGUUGCCCAUAGCCACUGAUUCACAAUCAGAUUCUUUCUUUUCUUGUUUUUGAGCUCAGGACUGACACUGGGGGUUGUGUGUCUGUGGCUAUCGGUAACCGUCCACCUCCUCAUCCAUACGUUCCGUUGUACGCAGCGGUGCCUACAUGCUGCUGCUCAGAGCGGACGCCAGCCCCGUCACGGUGCCAGUCACUGCCAUGAGUCACUCUGAGGGGCCGGAAAACAGCUCCGACAGCGCCGGUGCCUCACCUCAUUUUUGAGCUGUCAUUUCACAUCCCAGUCUGGAGAUCCAACAGUCACGGGAGGCGUUUGUAAAUGUGCUUGUUCAGAUUUAUGUUGCGAUUGUGUUGUGUGUGUGUGUGUGUGUGUGUGUGUGUGUGUGAUAAGAUGUCGUGCUUCAAAGACUGAGGUGGGGGUUAUUUUUGUUUGUUGAUUAUGGGAAAACGCCAAAAUGAGAUUACGAUUGUGUUGAAUGGCAGUGACAGUGUCACCGGGAUGUGUUGUGUGUCUCAGUGUGAUUGUGAUGAUCUGAAAAAUAACAUUGUACAAAUCGUGUUAAAUCUGAUAUGAUAUCUUGUUGUUUGAACAAAGUCAAAGUGGUGUCAGUGCACAUGGAUUCUAUUGUGUCUAUUUAAAUGAUGUAGUUGUUGAUAGAUAGUCGUGCUGUUGUAUCGUGUUGUGUUGUCUCUGUGCUGAUUUGAGAAUUAGAUCAUUUGUUUGAUUCACGCAUGCAACAUGUGUUCAAAUGUUCUGUAUGUUUCAACAAAUGACGAAGAGAUUUAAAACACUUAAAUAUCUAACGUGGGUUUAGAAGAGCGUCUGUUGCUGUUGCUUUUUAAAUGGCCAUGACUUUUCAUUAAAAAUGGGCUUUUUUGC